UCGACGGAACUGCUUCCGGAAGCUGUCAGCUGAACACCGCAUCAACUGCAAUGAGUUUUGAGUGGCCCUGGCAAUACAAUUUCCCACCGUUUUUUACGUUACAGCCCAAUGUUGACACAAGACAGAAACAGCUGGCAGCGUGGUGUUCCCUGGUUCUGUCCUACUGCCGCCAUCACAAGCUCUACACUCUGGAUGUCAUGGAGGCGCAAGAAAGCUCCGUGUUCAACAACAAGAAGAUCGAACGAAAACUGCAGGUGGAAGCAAUUCAGGUUGUGUUUGAGGAAUUGAGGAAAAAAGGCAACCUGGAAUGGUUGGACAAAAACAAAUCGCGGUGUUUAGUCAUGUGGAGACGACCAGAGGAGUGGGGAAAGUUAAUAUACCAGUGGGUUUCCAGAAGCGGCAUGGUCAACUCUGUGUUCACGCUUUAUGAGAUCUCCAACGGCGACGACACAGGAAGUGAAGAGUUCCACGGGUUAGAGGAAUGGAUGCUGCUGCGCUCCUUGCAGGCGUUACAAUCAGACGGCAAAGCAGAGGUCUUCACCAUGGAUGACGGAAAAGGCGUCAAGUUCUUCUGAGACGGUGCUGGAAUCGCACGCUGACUGGGAGCCCUCAUAUCCCACCUGACGGACACAUUUUAAAGGGUUGGCCCCAGUGGAUGCUGGUAAUUGAAUUGUUGCUGCCUUGUGGGUUCAGAGCCGAUUCUUUCUGGAAGAGAACAAAACCUGAGGCGACGCUGUGUUUCUAGUCGGGUUGUCAUUUAAACAUGCAAUGAAUAUCAGGGGGACUAAAUACUAUCAUUUGAGUCUUAUGGGGGUGUUUUCCCCACCAGCUGUAACAUAACUCCAUUAUUUUAAAUGCAGCUACUCUUAUUUUCUGUUUUCUCUGUUCAAUUUACCGUGUGUAAAUUAGCUCGGCGGCUGUUCCUCCGUUCCAGCCAGACAUCCCAAAGAAAUCUCAAAACACAGCGUGAGAGGGGCUGCUUUUUAAAUCUUUUAUUUUCAGAAUGCUUCCAGAAGAGGAACGCUGCAAAGACUCGACUCGGCUCAGAGUAACGGAACUGCACUCCAUGUACAGAUCGCUGUCGUCCUCUAGUUUCUGUGAUGCUCGUCAUCUUUGUGCUCUCUUUUUUUC